AUGGCAGAGUCAGCAUCCAAGGCUGCGCCGGGCGAGCGCGUCGUCAUCGGCAUUACCUUUGGCAACUCCAACAGCUCGAUUGCCCACACCGUCGACGACAAGGCUGAGGUAAUCGCGAACGAGGACGGCGAUCGUCAGAUCCCCACCAUCCUGUCGUACGUCGACGGCGACGAGUACUACGGCCAACAAGCCAAGAACUUCCUUGUCAGGAACCCCAAGAACACCGUCGCCUAUUUCCGCGACAUCCUGGGGCAAGAUUUCAAGUCGGUUGAUCCUACCCACAACCAUGCCUCUGCCCAUCCACAAGAAGCCGGCGACAACGUUGUUUUCACCAUCAAGGACAAGGCUGAGGAGGAUGCUGAGCCGUCAACCCUGACCGUCUCUGAGAUUGCCACCCGCUACCUGCGCCGUCUGGUGGGCGCUGCUUCCGAGUAUCUUGGCAAGAAGGUUACGUCGGCUGUCAUUACUAUUCCCACCAACUUCACCGAGAAGCAGAAGGCUGCCCUGAUUGCCGCGGCGGCGGCUGCCGACCUCGAGGUCCUGCAGCUGAUCAGUGAGCCUGCGGCUGCCGUCCUGGCCUAUGAUGCCCGGCCCGAGGCCACGAUCAGCGACAAAAUCAUCGUUGUUGCUGACCUGGGUGGUUCCCGCUCCGAUGUCACUGUCCUUGCUAGCCGCAGCGGCAUGUACACCAUCCUCGCCACCGUUCACGACUACGAGUACCACGGUAUUGCCCUGGACAAGGUUUUGAUUGACCACUUCUCUAAGGAGUUCCUUAAGAAGAACCCCGGUGCCAAGGACCCCCGUGAGAAUCCCAGGAGUCUGGCUAAGCUUCGUCUUGAGGCCGAGUCUACCAAGAGGGCGCUUAGCCGGAGUACCAAUGCUAGUUUCAGUGUCGAAAGCCUUAUCGAUGGCCUCGACUUCGCUAGCACGAUCAACCGUCUGCGUUACGAGACUAUUGCCCGCACUGUCUUUGAGGGCUUUAACCGCCUGGUCGAGUCUGCUGUGAAGAAGGCUGGCCUCGACCCGCUUGAUGUUGAUGAGGUCAUCAUGUCGGGUGGCACCUCUAACACUCCCCGUAUUGCUGCCAAUUUCCGCUACAUCUUCCCUGAGUCUACCAGGAUAUUGGCCCCCUCUACCGACCCCAGUGCCCUCAACCCCUCCGAGCUCCAGGCCCGUGGUGCCGCUCUGCAGGCUAGCUUGAUCCAAGAGUUUGAGACUGAGGAUAUCGAGCAAUCUACCCAUGCUGCGGUCACCACCAUGCCCCAUGUCACCAACGCUAUUGGCGUUGUUUCUGUCUCCGAGUCUGGAGAGGAAAAAUUUGUCCCCAUCAUUGCCCCUGAGACGGCCGUCCCUGCUCGCCGCACCGUUCACCUGGAUGCUCCCAAGGAGGGCGGCGACGUCCUGGUCAAGGUUGUCGAGGGUAGCACGCAUAUCAACGUGAUCAAGCCCGAGCCUAAGGCCAAGGAGGACGGCGAGACAAAGGAAAAGACCGAGGACGCAGAUGAUGACGGUGACUUCGACGACGACGACGAGGAGGAGGAGGAGGAGGAGGAAGAGGAAGAGAAGCGCGAGAAGGUCUGGAAGAUUGGCAGCACCCUGGCUGAGGCGGCUGUCCGCGGCGUGAAGAAGGGUGCCAAGGUCGAGGUUACCAUCAACGUCAACACCGACCUGACCGUCAUCGUGACGGCGCGCGAGGUCGGCGGGAAGGGCGGCGUGCGCGGCACGCUGAGCGCGUAG